CUGGGAUGGAAGAGAAUUAUUCAAUGAAAAUAAGCGUAUGUUCUUGAGCUAGGUGAAGUUUGGCGGAAAAUCUGAAAUGCCGGAAGUGCAUUAAAAACGAAACAGAAAACGACAAUUUAGAAAAUACUUAGUGCUGUGGCAAGUUAGAUUAUACUGAAAAUGCCAAAAGCAAAGACAGCUAAAGCACCAGCAGCCAAAAAACCCAGAGCACCAAAAGGCCCCAAGUUAGCAGAGAAGUUUCCAAAUGGUGAGGUACUUAGAGAUUUGUGCAAAAAGUACUGGACACUUGGUGAUGUCAUUGGACAGGGAGGUUUUGGACUGAUAUAUUUAGCAUCAGAUACAGAUAGGGCUGGACCAGAUGCAGAAUAUGUUGUUAAAAUUGAACCCAUCAGCAAUGGACCAUUGUUCUGUGAAUUGCAUUUCUAUCAGAGAGUUGCUAAACCUGAUCUCAUUGAUAGCUGGGUAAAGUCAAGGAAAUUGAAGUAUCUAGGUGUACCGAAGUAUAUAGCCAGUGGUCAACAUGAGUAUAAAGGAGUGAACUACAGGUUUAUGGUGAUGGAAAGGUUUAGUACAGACCUACAGAAAGUGUUUGAGGCCGCUGGUAAAAUGUUCUCUAAACAGACAGUGUAUGCUCUAGCACUGAGGAUGAUAGAUUCCCUGGAAUAUCUACAUGAAAAUCACUAUAUACAUGCUGACAUUAAAGCCUCUAAUUGUCUUCUUGGAUAUAAAAAUGGAAAAACAGAUGUUGACUCGAUACAUUUGGUUGACUUUGGUCUAGCAGCGAAGUAUGCACCAGGGGGAACACAUAAAGACUACAAGGAAGAUCCUCGGAAAGCACAUGAUGGUACAGUCGAGUUUACUUCAACAGACGCUCACAAGGGUGUAGAUGGGUCACGGAGAGGUGACAUGGAGAUUCUAGGAUAUUGUUUGUUACAGUGGCUAUGUGGGAGACUACCGUGGGAAGACAAAUUAGCAGACAAAAACUAUGUCAGGGAUGCUAAGAUAAAAGGCAUGAAUGAUAUUCCAGGUUUGAUGAAGAAAUGUUUUCCUAAAGGAGGUGCGCCAGCUGAAAUAUCAUCUUAUCUUACAAUGGUUAAGAACAUAAGUUAUGAUGACAAGCCUAACUAUAAUAAGAUGCGGGAACUCUUCCAGAAGGGUCUUGCUAGCCUUGGGGUCAAGGACCAGUGGAAGCUGGCACUUCCAAUAGCAGGCACUUCAGGGAAGGCCCCACCGAAAAAAGGUGUAAAAAGGCAACUAAAGGACUCGGAGCCAGAUGAACCUGUGAUAAAAAUGAAAGCCAGAGCUGCAUCACCAAAACCAGGUACUCCAAAAGCCGGGUCCCGACCCGCAACACCUAAAACAGCUGUGCAAAGAGCUACACCUAAAACAACUGUGCAAAGAGCUACACCUAAAACAACUGCACAAAAAACAAAACUCGCAACUCCUAAACAGCUAGCCAGAGCAACUCCAACAUCUGCAGCAAAGAAAACUGGAAAGAAGACAGAAGCAAGGUCACCACUAGCCAGAACACCUAAAUCUCCAGCGGCAGGAAAGGCACGUGCAGUUGGAGCAAAGGCGAUAGCAGGGACAUUGUCACCUAUUGCUUCGCCUGUAGCAGGAAGGUCAGUGAACGGAACAGCUAAGAGAGUAACUUCACCAACAGCUGGAUCUCCUGCACCAAAGAGGAGGAAAGCUAUUCGACGAAAAAAUGUUCAGAUGUCAGAAAUGGCUGUCCAGACAUCGCCAGGACUGAAGAAGAACAGAUGACUAGGUGUGCUAGACUGUAGUCUGAGUUGAUUGGGGACCAAAUGAGCAUAAUAAGCAUAAUAAUGAACAAAUGAGCCGUGCCAUGAGAAAACCAACCAUAGUGGGUUUGCGACCAGCAUGGAUCCAGAACAGCUUUUACAGCCUAUUGGAAUUGGAAAAACUGUUAGCGAACAGCAUGGAUCCUGACCAGACUGCGCAUCCGAGACGGAUGCGCAGGCUGGUCUGGAUCCAUGCUGGUCGCAAACCCACUAUGUUGGUUUUCCCUUGGCACAGCUCAAAUCUUAAAAGAUCUUAAAUUCUUGCAUGAUUUUAGCAUGAAAUAGAAAUUAAACAGCAUUUAUCAAAACUAAAUCAGAGGUCAGAGCUUUAUCAUAGCUCAUUUAAAAGACUGUUUUGUACAUCUGAACCCAAAGUUCUCAUUUUAAAGGGUGUUUUAACUGACUCAACAUAAGGAGGAAUUAUCGUGUUAAGUUUGACAUGAUGAAUUAUUUUGAUGAGGCGUUAAACUCAAUGCAAGGAGUUCAUACAGUUAACACACUAAAAAAUGUUACAAGUGCAAUGUACAUUGAUAUUACUAUCAUUUCUUCAGUUUAGGAUGGUUUUAGUUUAAGGAAUAUGCUGUUUGUUUUAUGGUUUUAAAUUUUCUUUUAUAAUUAAAUUAAAUUUAUUUUAUUUUGUUGGAUUUAACGUCGCACCGACACAUGAUAGGUCAUAUGGCGACUUUCCAGCUUUUAAUGGUGGAGGAAGACCCCAGGUGCCCCUUCGUGCAUUAUUUCAUCACGAGCGGGCACCUGGGUAGAACCACCGACCUUCCGUAAGCCAGCUGGAUGGCUUCCUCACAUGAAGAAUUCAACGCCCCGAGUGAGGCUCGAACCCACAUCGAUGAGGGGCAAGUGAUUUGAAGUCAUCGACCUUAACCACUCGGCCACGGAGGCCCCUAUUAAAUUAAAAGUGUCUUUAUUAACAUAACUUUCUGAGAACUGAUUCUUCUACAUCAUGCACAGUAGAACAAACAGCAGUCAGAGAAUGCAUGUGGUCACUGAGGAAAAUUUUCAUUUGUGAAAAAUUCUUGUGUCAAAAACUGUCCCCAAAAUUAGGUAAACAACUAUGAAACUGUCUUGUUUGACAAAAGUGGCCUUUGUGGCCAAGUGGUUUAGGUCGCUGACUUCAACUCACUUGCCCCUUAAUGAUGUAGGUUAGAGCUUCUCUUGGGGCGUUGAAUUCUUCAUGCGAGGAAGACAUUCAGCUGGCUUAAGGAAGGUCAGUGGUUUUACCCAGGUGCCUGCCUGCGAUGAAAUAAUGCAUGGAGGGGCACCUGGGGUCUUCCUCCACCAUCAAAGUUGGAAAGCCACCAUAAUACCUAUUAACCCAACAAACACUGUUUGACAAAAUUGCUCCCCUUAUCUAUAAAUGUACAUACAGAAUUGUAAUAUGAAAUAUGAGCAAGUUUCUGGAGUAAUGUUAAAACUAUUACCCAACAUCUGUUUGUUUAACCAUUUAGACUAACUUUUGUAUUGUAUUUAUAUAUUGAUUCAUUGACAGUCUGACCAUUUUUAGAUUACCAGAGCAUGAAGUGCUCAAGGUGAACUAUUGUGACUGGUCAUUGUCCUUUCCAUCGUGCGUAAACAUUUGCCUUGUUAUCACUUUAGAGGCUCCAGUUUUGUCACAAUCUUUAUGAAACUUGGUCAGAAUAUUUGUCUUGAUGAUCUCUAGGUCAAGUUUGAAACUGGGUCAUGUGGGGUCAAAAACUAGGUCAGGCUAGAUCAAAGGAAAAUUUUGUUAACACUCUAGAGGCCACAUUUAUGACCCUAUCUUCAUGAAACUUAGAAUGUUUAUCUUGAUGAUCUGUAUGACAAGUUUGAAUAUGGGUCAUGUGGGGUCAAAAACCAGGUCACCUGGUCAAAUCAAAGGAAAAGCUUGUUAACACUCUAGAGGCCACAUUUAUGACCCAAUCUUUAUGAAACUUGGUCAGAAUAUUUGUCUUCAUGAUCUCUAGGUCAGAUUUGAAAUUGGGUCAUGUGGGGUCAAAAAAUAGGUCAGGCUAGAUCAAAGGAAAAUCUUGUUAACACUCUAGAGGCCGCAUUUUUGACCCCAUCUUCAUGAAACUUAGAAUGUUUAUCUUGAUGAUCUGUAGGACAAGUUUGAAUCUGGGUCAUGUCGGGUCAAAAACUAGGUCACCUGGUCAAAUCAAAGGAAAAGCUUGUUAACACUCGAGAUGCCACAUUUAUGACCCUAUCUUCAUGAAACUUGGUCAUCAUGUUUAUAUUGAUGAUCUUUAGGCCAAGUUUGAAUCUGGGUCAUGUGGGGUCAAAAACUAGGUCACUAGGCAAGAUCAAAGGAAAAUCUUGUUAACACGAGACCACAUUUUAGGUAUGAAACUCAUGAGAAUUUUUUUGAUCCCACAUGACCCAGAUUCAAACUAGGUCACUCGGCCAAAUCUAAGAAAAACUGUGUGUGCAAUAGGGGCUGCAUUUUUCAAUGAAUAUUCGUGAAAUUUGAUCAGAAUGAUCUACUUGAUGAAAUCUAGUUCAGGUUCGAAUAUGGUUAAUCUGGGUUCAAAAAUUAGGUCACCUGGUCAAAUCAAAGAUAAACCUUGUGUAUGAAAUAGGGGCUGCAUUUUUCAUCUGAUGUGCAUGAAACUUGGUCAGAAUGUUUGUCUCCAUUAAUUCUCGGACGAGUUUUUAUCUGGGUCAUGUGGGUUCAAAAGCUAGGUCAAAUCAAAGAAAAAGCUCGUUUACACUCUAGGGGCCACAUUUAUGAUUCAAUCUUCAUAAAACAUGGUCAGAAUGUUUGGUAUCAUGAAGUUUUAUAAGAUUUCGAAUCUGGGUCAUGUAGGGUCAGAAACCAGGUCACUUGGUAAAAUCAAAGGAAAAGCUUGUUUACACUCUAAUGGCCACUUGUUUGCUCCAAUCUUCAAGGAACUUUGUCAGAAUGUUUGUUUUCAUGAAGUCAUGGAUGGGUUCUAAUCUGGGUCAUGUUAGGUCAAAAACUAGGUCAUUAGGUCAAAUCAAAGAAAAUGCUUGUUUGCACUCUGGCCACAUUUUUGGUCCAAUCUUAAUAAAAAUUGGUCAGAAUAUUUUUCCUCCAUGAAAUUUUGGACGGUUAAAAAUUGGGUCAGGUUGGGUAAAAAACUAGGUCACUGGGCCAAAUUGAAGAAAAGUCUUGUUUACACUCUAGAGGCCACAUUUUUGCUCCAAUCUUCAUGAAACUUGGUAAGAAUGUUUAUCUCCUUGAAAACUCAGACGAGUUUGAAACUGGGUCAUGUGGUGUCAAAAACUGGGUCACUAAGUUAAACAUGUUUACACUGUUAUGGUGUGGUACACUGGUGAAUGGCCUAGUUGAACAAACUAAUGAAUCACCUGUUUUGAUACCUGCUUUUGAUGUUAGCUUGAAGAUAUCUUAUAUUGUAUGUUUCAGCAGUAAUCUUUAUUUGUAUUUUUCUAGAUACCGAAUCUAUUCCAUGAGAUUUUACCAAAAAUUGUAUUUUUGUUGCACGAGAAAAAAUUUAUUUCUGAUCAUGUUUGAAUAUUUUUGUAAUUUUGCAUAUCUGGUGGAUCAUAUCUGACAACUUCAUUAAAGCUAAAAGAUGAGAA